AUGUCUCGACAACUCAUCACCGUCUUCGGCGCCACCGGCUCCCAAGGCUCCUCCGUGCUCAACUCCCUCCAGACCAACACCCAAAAGCCCUUUGCCCUCCGCGGCAUCACCCGCAAUCCCUCCUCAGACGCUGCAAAGAAACUCUCAGACUCUGGUGUUGAGGUCGUGAAAGCGGAUGGCUGGGACAAGGACUCUCUCAUUUCCGCCUUCCGCGGCAGCUGGGCCGUCUUCGUGAACACAAAUUCCGAUGACAAAGUGUUCGAGGAUCCUAGCGAGACGCGGACGGAAGUCGAUCUGGGAAAAAUCAUUGUGGAUGCGGCGGUGGAAGCAGGGGUCGAGGUAUUUGUGUAUAGUGGGUUUAACAGCGCGAGGGAAAUUACCGGGGGGAAGUUGGGUGUUGAGGCGUUCGAUGAUAAGAAUGCGAUAUGGGAGUACGCCAAAUCCGGUGGCAAGUUCAAGAUAGCUGUUGCUGCGAGCCCGGGAUGGUACUUUGAGAACUCGCUCGUGAAGGAUCUCGCACCGAUACUGGGGGGUUUCCCUUUCGUGCCAGGCGAGGACGGGACGCUAGUUUUUCGCGCGCCGAAAUGGGGCGGGAAGGAGGAUGUGCCUUUUAUUUCUAUUGACGAUGAUUACGGGGACAUCGUACAUGGCAUUCUCCUCGACCCGGAGAGGUGGAACGGGAAGCUCGUACAGGCUGUCAGCGAUAUCAGGUCUUUCGAUGGAAUGGUUCAAGCAUUUGAGACUGCAACUAGUAAGAAAGCGCGCUUUGAGGAGAUCACCAAUUGGCGCGACCUCGAGGUUUAUGGUAUUCGCUCGCUGGAAACGAUCAAGGGGAUGUGGGGGAUGUGUCAGAUAAGCGGAGGCCGGUACUUUGGGGACGAGACAGAGGGCAAGACCGCAGCUGGGCUGAAGAAGUUGGCUGCAGAGGCGAGAGGUGCAACAGGUGAAGCGACUGGGCUUGCGACGCUCGAGCACUUCUAUGGGGCCAAAUUUGGUCGGGAGAAGACAGCUUAG